CAAACUCAUAGUUUGAGGAAAAGAGAAAGAUAUGAGAGUAACACAAAAGCCGAAGAUAAUAUUUAUCCCUUACCCGGCGCAAGGCCACGUUACACCGAUGCUCCACCUCGCGUCAGCCAGCUUCCUAAGCCGUGGAUUCUCCCCUGUCGUUAUGACUCCCGAGUCUAUCCACCGUCGGAUCUCGACAAGUAACCAGGAUCUUGGAAUCACGUUCUUGGCCUUAUCCGACGGUCAAGAACGUCCGGAUGCACCUCCCUCGGACUUCUUCUCGAUAGAGAAGUCGAUGGAGAACAUCAUGCCUUCUCAGCUCGAACGGCUUCUUCUUGAAGAAGACGUGGCCGUGGCUUGUGUGGUGGUUGAUUUGUUGGCUUCUUGGGCCAUAAGAGUGGCUGAUCGGUGUGGUGUUUCGGUCGCGGGUUUCUGGCCGGCGAUGUUUGCUGCUUACCGUAUGAUCGAGGCCAUACCGGAGCUCGUUCGGACAGGCGUAGUUUCCCAAAAAGGCUGUCCACGUCAACCAGAAAAACCAUUAGUCUUACCACAGCAACCGCUCCUAUCCGCCGGAGAUCUACUGUGGCUGAUCGGAACUCCGGCAGCCCAACAAGGACGGUUCAAGUUUUGGCAAAGAACUCUAGAACGAGCAAAAAGUCUCCGAUGGAUAUUGGUAAACUCAUUCAAAGACGAAUAUGAGGAUAAAUUCUUUAAAGAAUUCAACAAAGAAAACAACGGUCGUCUAAACCCUCAAAUCCUUUAUGUCGGUCCAUUGCAUAACCAAGCAGCAGCAAAUAAUAUAAUCUUAACUAAGAAUCCUAGCUUCUGGGAAGAAGACAGAUCUUGUCUUGGUUGGCUCCAAGAACAAAAGCCAAACUCAGUCAUUUAUAUCUCAUUUGGAAGUUGGGUUUCUCCUAUAGGAGAAUUGAAUAUCAGAACAUUGGCAUUGGCUUUGGAAGCGUCAGGAAGACCGUUCCUUUGGGCUCUAAACCGGGUUUGGCAGGAAGGACUGCCACAAGGGUUUGUGCAUAGAGUCACCAUAGUCAAGAACCAAGGACGGAUCGUGCCGUGGUCCCCGCAGAUCGAAGUUCUUAAAAAUGAUUCAGUGGGUUGUUACGUGACUCAUUGUGGCUGGAACUCGACCAUGGAGGCGGUGGCAAGUUGUCGGAGGCUAGUGUGUUAUCCGGUGGCCGGAGACCAGUUUGUGAACUGUAAAUACAUUGUGGAUGUGUGGAAGAUUGGGGUGAGAAUGAGCGGGUUUGGAGAGAAAGAGGUUGAAGAUGGGCUGAGGAAAGUAAUGGAGGAUAAAGAGAUGGGUGAGAGAUUGAAGAAGUUGAAAGAUAGAGCAAUGGGGAAUUAUGAAGCUCGUUUGUGUUUGGAUUCACUUUUCAAGGAUGAGAUAUGAAUAAUUGGGAGAAUAAUACAUCAUAAUUGUUAUAUUUUUAUAUACCAGUAUUAGUACAUGAUCAUUGAUUUGAUUCAACUGUUGCAUGAUCAAGAAUAAGCACGUGAGAAUGUAAUUUUUUUUUUCGAAAAAAUCAUUGAAUCAAUGAUGUGUUGAUUCAACCAUUGAUCGGAGUUUUUAUUUGGUGCUAUAUAUAUUAGUUG